AUGGGCAACAGUAAUCACAGCCUCGACGUGUGUAUCGUCGGCCAGAGAGUGGUGCGCGCCCGCUAUCUGGGCCCGGGCCCGGGCCGGCGACGUGUUCCGCACGCGCAGAUAAGCGCCGCUUCCGCCGCCUUCCCGGAGCGAUGGGGAUCUGGGGGUGAUAAGUCCGUGCCGGCCACCCCGCGCCGCCCAGAAUUUCGGAUCACGGACGUCCUUCUGGCGCUGAUGUUGGUCAGCACAUCCCAGUGUUGGCCAAAGGGAGAAUGCCCCAGAGGAACUGCCAAUUCAAGAACUAUAAUACUGCCAGACCAUGCCAAUUGUACAGUGUUUUAUAAAUGCAACUACUGGGAACCUGUACUGUAUCACUGCCCUCACGGCCUGCUCUUCAACUCUCGCACUCUGACGUGCGAUUGGCCAUGGAAUGUUGCAUGUCCUCACAGCAAGGCUCGAGCUGAAUCGGCGGUAACAAUUCCAAAGUGGCCAACUCCACUGACUGGAUAUUUAGCAAAACAAUGGCCAUCUAGCGCAGUCACACCGACCAAAAACUUUACAUUUAAGGAGUGCAUCGACCACCUCACACUGCACGCCACUAGCGCUAAUGGGCGUACACCAGACCCAAUGCACGUCGUAUCUGGACAUCAUAUAAGUAACCCACCUCUGUGGCCUGUUGCACAUGUCAGUAGGUGGCCAACAAUAAUACCGGAAUCGCAAUCUGUCUGGUGGAAAACAAGUGUAACUCCCACAGAACACAGUAAACCUGUAAGAACUACUGGUUCCAGUAGUACAACAACAGCGAAUUGGUCAACAAGACACACCACCCACCAGCCAACAACUACCUCAGGGUUAUCAUCUGCAUGGUGGAAAACAACCGCCUCUUCUACAGAUCAUGUGGGAUCUAGCGGUACUACGCAACAAACAGCAACAACAACAACAGAAUCGCCGCCAACAUGGUGCAAGACAACAUAUGGUGAGACAAGUUCAACAACAACCGACAAAAGCACUUCAUAUGAACCAUGGUCCACAUCAAAAUCAGUAUCAGUAUCAACAGAGCAAACACCGGAGGCUACCACUAUACGUGAAGAAUCUACGGAAACUGCAGCUGACGCAAGUACAACACAUAAGACAAUAACAAGAACAGGCAGUACCCAUUGGCCAGAAACAAAAUCGACAUCAGUGUUACUACCAUCAACCGACAAAAGCACUUCAUAUGAACCAUGGUCCACAUCAAAAUCAGUAUCAGUAUCGACACAGGAAACACCAGAGGCUACCACUAUACAUGAAGAAUCUAUGGAAACUACAGCUGACGAAAGUACGACACAUAAGACAAUAACAAGAACAGGCAGUACCCAUUGGCCAGAAACAAAAUCGACAUCAGUGUCACUACCAUCAACCGACAAAAGCACUUCAUAUGAACCAUGGUCCACAUCAAAAUCAGUAUCAGUAUCGACACAGGAAACACCAGAGGCUACCACUAUACAUGAAGAAUCUAUGGAAACUACAGCUGACGAAAGUACGACACAUAAGACAAUAACAAGAACAGGCAGUACCCAUUGGCCAGAAACAAAAUCGACAUCAGUGUCACUACCAUCAACCGACAAAAGCACUUCAUAUGAACCAUGGUCCACAUCAAAAUCAGUAUCAGUAUCGACACAGGAAAUACCAGAGGCUACCACUAUACAUGAAGAAUCUACGGAAACUACAGCUGACGAAAGUACGACACAUAAGACAAUAACAAGAACAGGCAGUACCCAUUGGCCAGAAACAAAAUCGACAUCAGUGUUACUACCAUCAACCGACAAAAGCACUUCAUAUGAACCAUGGUCCACAUCAAAAUCAGUAUCAGUAUCGACACAGGAAACACCAGAGGCUACCACUAUACAUGAAGAAUCUACGGAAACUACAGCUGACGAAAGUACGACACAUAAGACAGUAACAAGAACAGGCAGUACCCAUUGGCCAGAAACAAAAUCAACAUCAGUGACACUACCAUCAACAGAAGCUUACACAGGACAUGAUGGAUCUACAGAUACUACUUCUGAGGAUAACAGAUCUAGCUCUUGGCCAGCAACUGACGUUACCCAUUGGGCAGAAAUAACAUCAAAAUCAACAACAGUAUGGCAACAAACAGCAGAGUCUACCACAGGAGAUGAAGGAUCUAAGGAAACUGUAACUGAUAAAAGCACAUCACACAGGCCUUGGUCAACAACAGGCAGUAAACUCACGUCAACAGUAACGACAGAACCAACAUCAGUGUGGCAGCACUCAACAGAGGCUUCCAUAGAACUUGAUGGAUCAACAGAGACUACAUCUGACAGAAGCAGGCCAAUGUCAACAACAGAUGGUACCCAUCCACCAACAGUAACGCCAGAAUCAACAGUGUGGCAGCACUCUACAGAAGCCCCCAUAGGACAUGAUGGUUCUACAGAAACUACAGCUGAUGAAAGUACAACGUACAGGGCAUCAUCAACAACAUAUGGUACCCACUUGUCAACAGUAAUGACAGGAUCAACAUCAGUGUCACAGCACACAACAGUGGCUCCUACAGGACAAGACAGAUCUACAGAAACUAUACCAGACGAAGGCACUAAGCAAUGGUCAACAACAUUCAGUACCCAUCGGCCAGAAGUAACAUCAGCAUCAACAUCUGUGUGGCAGCAACCAAAAGGAUCUUCUACAAUACAAGACGGCUCUGCAGAAACUGUUCCUGAUGAAAGCAAUAAGCCAUGGACAUCAACACACAGUACCCACUGGUCAGAAGUGACAUCAGUGGCAACAUCAGUGUGGCACCAAACAACAGAGGCUUCCACUGAAGAAGAUGGUUGUGCUGAAACUAUACCUGACAAGAGCACUAAGCCAUGGCCAACAACAAACAGUACCCACUCGACAGAAGUAGCAUCAUCGUCAACAUCAGUGUGGCAGCAAACACCAGAUGCUUCCACAGAACAAGACGGAUCUGACGGUAGCACUAAGCCAUGGACAACAACCCAUAGUACCCAUUGGCCAGAAGUAGCAUCAUCAUCAACUUCGCUGUGGCAGCAAACAACGGAGCCUUCCACUGUACACAAAGAACCUACACAAACAGCGACUGAGGAAAGUAAGACACAUAGGCCAUGGUCAACCUCAAAAGGUUCCCAUUCGCCUACAGACGUACCAGACUCAACACCAGUGUGGGAGCAUACAACUAAGACUACCACAGAACAUGACGAACUGACGGAUCCUACAGCUGAUGAUAGCACAAGACCUAAGCCUUUGCCGACAGCAGAAAGUACCCAUUUGACAGACGUAACAUCAAAAUCAACAUCAGUGUGGCAGCAAACAGCUGAGCCUACCAAAGGAAAUGAAGAAUCAGCGCGAACUACAGAAAACAAAAGCACAACAGCUAAAUCGUUGCCAUCAGAUGGAACUCAUUGGCCCAAGGUAACGAUCAAAUCAACUUCAGCAUGGCAGAAAACUGCAAACCCUUCCACAGGAUACGAAGGAGCUUGGCAGAAAACAACAGAACCUUCCGCAGAGAAUGAGGGGUCUGCUCAAACUACAGCUGAUGAAGGUAGCACAUCUGAUUUGUGGUCAAAAUCUGACGAUACACACUCGUCAGCAGAAACAGCAAAAUCAACAUCAAAGACAACAGAGCCUUCCACAGACCAUGAAUCUGUGAAAUCUGUAGCAACUGAAAGUAGCACACACAGACCACGACCAACAACAAGUGUAACAGAUCAGCCAGUAGUGACAGGCAAAUAUACAUCAUCUGGGAGUAUCAGCGAUCUAUUGAAACUACAGUGUUCGACAGCUUAA